GGCCGAGUAGCGCAUGUAAACACGGGUGGGCGCCUGUGACGUAGGGGGGUACCGGAGGGGGGUGACCGUUCAGUCCGCUGAGGCUCAGGCACGUACCCGCCCCCAUAGCGGGCUCAGUCCCCGCCCCCAUAGCGGAAACAAGAACAAUGAGUGGCAAAGUGCUGGAGGUCCUGGAGCCGGGCGAGGCAGCACAAUCUUGCACCGACACACACAAUGCAAGUAGUGAUGAGAGCAGAGUGCAGAGUGAGAUAGAAGAGGACCUGGUUGACCCGUGUAAGGUGUAUGUGUCAAAUCUACGGAAAAGGGUCACGGAGCGCAUGCUACACGAGGCGCUGGCACACUACGCUGCGGUGGAGAAGGCCGUCAUCAUCAAGGACAAACACACCCGGCGGAGCAAAGGUUACGGCUUCGUCAAGGUCAAGAGUAACGAGGAUGUUGAAAAGCUGUUGGCACUGCGUGACUGUGACUGCUACGUCGAGGGGCAGCCAGCUGUCAUCAGGGCGGCCAGGAAGAAGAUGAGGUUGUCGGGUUACAGUGGGUACAUGCUUCGUCCCCUGCCUGACGAUGACUUCGACCUGGCGAGUCCAGACCCAGCGCAGCCGUCCAUUCACAUGUUGGUGGAUGAUAUAAUGAUGAAGAUCUACUCGCACCUCCCCCUGAAGAGUUUGGUAAUGUGCGAGGGAGUGUGUCGGCGCUGGCAGACGCUGCUACACUGGUACCUCUCCAAGAUGACCUGCCUGGAGAUCAGUGAGGAAUCUCUGGGCAUAUCACCUCCCUUCACCAAGGCCAUUGUGUCCAAGCUUCUCACCCUUUGUGGCCCAAGCCUUAGGUCCCUCAAGGUGCAGGAUGUGGAUUUCGCCACUCGACAGAAUAUCCUCCAAAUUGUCGGUCAGCUGUGCCCUCACCUGGAGCACCUCGACGUAACCAAAGCCAGAGGGAUCAACUUCAUCCACAUCUCCAAACUGGCACAGGGCUGCAAGAACAUCAAGGGUUUUGUGGCAAGGAACUGCAUUGACUUUGAUGAGAAGGCCCUCCACCACCUCCUGGCCUGUUACCCGCAGCUGGAGAAACUGAACGUGUCUGGCACCGCUAUCAAUGGCAAGAACUUAAGUAUGCUGCCCACCACCCUGAAGGAACUGUACUUCAUGGGGGAUGUAGACGAGUGCGUCAUUAAUAGGAAAAUAGUACUGAUUGCAGAUAAAUGUCCAAACAUUGAAGUUCUGGACACACAUUGCAGAAUGUCUAAAGAGGACUUGGAAUACUUAGGGAAGACUUGCCACAACCUUGCCAAGCUGGCUUUGGUCAUGCCUGAGAGUGAUUUCACCGAUGCCUUGUCCAAUUUCAAGAAACUCAAGGUUAGUGAAACAUGCAGAUUUUGGGUGAGAUCCUGA